CAGAGUGGGAGUGGGGGAGGUGAAGACAGCUGGGCAAACUGCAUCUCCACCAAGCUGCUUCCCUUCCUCCUCGGGUUUUCUCAGCCGGAGUUAUUUGGCAAAGCCUGCUUCGGGUGCCUCCAAACCCCUCUCGUGAGGUCCAGGCGAGUGGGUUGCGGCACUGGCGGUCAGGCUGCUGGCACUCCAUUGGCCUCUCUAAAGCAGUCCCGGCGCAGGACAUGUCAGUCUGCGACAGCCCUGGGGGCCCUGCCGCCCUGGACUUUCCCGAAGUCCUGAAGUCUCUGCUGGAGUACUCCUUACCCUGGACCAACAAAAUGACAGAUAAAGAGAAGAAGAUAAAGCUUGAGGAAGAUGAGGCGGCAGCUGCCAGCACUAUGGCAGUCUCAGCUUCCCUCAUGCCACCUAUCUGGGACAAAACUAUUCCUUACGAUGGAGAGUCUUUCCAUCUGGAAUACAUGGAUCUGGACGAAUUUCUCCUAGAGAAUGGAAUUCCUUCCAGCCCUACUCACCUGGAUUUGAACCAGAAUCCACUCAUGCCUGUGGCUAAGCUGGAAGAAAAGGAGCCAGCCAGUGCAUCCACUGGUUCUCCUGUGUCUUCGUCAUCUACUGCCGUCUACCAGCAAUCUGAAGCAGCCUCCAGCACAGAGUCCCCACCGCAAAAUGAGAGAAAUACACCCAGCCCCAUUGAUCCUGACUGUGUAGAAGUUGAGGUGAAUUUUAAUCCUGACCCUGCUGAUUUAGUGCUGUCCAGUGUGCCUGGUGGUGAGCUUUUCAAUCCUCGCAAGCACAAGUUUACUGAAGAGGACCUGAAACCACAACCAAUGAUUAAAAAAGCAAAGAAGGUUUUUGUCCCAGAUGAGCAAAAGGAUGAAAAAUACUGGACAAGGCGAAAGAAGAACAAUGUGGCAGCAAAGCGUUCCCGUGAUGCUCGACGAUUAAAGGAGAAUCAGAUCACAAUUCGGGCAGCCUUCCUGGAGAAAGAGAAUACGGCCCUGAGGACGGAGGUUGCAGAGCUGCGCAAGGAAGUGGGGCGAUGCAAGAACAUUGUUUCUAAAUACGAGACCAGAUACGGACCCUUUGACUUAUCUGAUUCCGAGUGAUGCAACUUUAAAGACUUUUAAAAACAAAGAAACUAAAAAGCACACAUGAAUCGCCAGUCUUCAGAGUGAGCAGUGAAAUCUUUGAGGUGUCCCAACACAACUGACGAUGACCCUGCCUGCCUGCUUGCCUGCAAGUACCCCAUCUGAACUACCCAGGGCUGGGCAUGAUGAAAAGUGCAAAGUCUCCUUAACUCUGUAUAUGGCUUUCUUAUCUGUCUUUCUCACUGUAACUAUGAACUACAAUAAGCUUACUUACUGGGGUUUUGUCAAGACACUCAAAGUUCAUGUUUCAAAGUCUGUUGACAGCCUGUGUGAGUAGUGACUGUUUUGGCACUCGAGUGGAUGAAAAUAGAGAGAUUUAUAUGGAAGUAAAUAGAGAGAUUUAAAUGGAAGUGUCUGUAUAUAUUAAGAACUGCUAUACUUUAAAACUUCUUUCCCCUGCAGUAGAAUAAGUUGUACCUAAUGCUGCAGCUCGCUUCUGGUACAGCAUAGCAUCUUGUGGAGUGUUGUGAGUGCAGAAUCAAAGACAGCAGUUUGUGAUGUGUAAGGCUUCCAGUGCAGAGUAAUACAGCAGAUGUAUUGAAACAAUGCAGAAAGCGCCCCGGCGUGCCAUAUGGAGGCUUGUAAGAAAUCUCUAUCAAACAACCCAUGUAAGAGGAAAAACACUGCUGUAACCUGCCUUCUCAUUUUUUUUCAAGGCUCGCUUUCUUUUAAUGGUAUCUCACUGAAACAAAGCCUGAUCUUCUGUUACAAAUUAGCAGUCAUGGACAAGGUGCUAGUCUGAUCCCCGUGUCUUUUGGCAGUGUAAGGCUACCAAGUGAGUAUUAGUGCCAGCAAAGCAAUGGCUAUGAGCUGCCGUGCUGCAAUUUGCUCUCUCUUGACUACAUGAGAACUGCAGUGGCAGAAGAGUAUUUCAUCUGUUUGACAAAUCUGAAACAGCUAAAGACUUUGCAGAGGUACAGCAGAUGCAUUAAGUACUAAGACCCUUCCUUGUGCUGGUGUGGGAGAGUAGAUGAAAGCUUAGGCAGAUUGUGGAGAUGAUUAUUGUGUGUUGAAGAUGGGGAAAGUAGGUGGAAGUUCCUUUGUAAUAGCUUCAUCAGCCAAACAAGAAUCUACCUUUAUGUUAAGGAAGGUUAAGAGCUAUAUUUAAGUGGGAAGAACAAGUACUUACUUUCUGGGAAAGUAGCACAGAGCUGAAGCCUGUAAGACAGGAGUGAAUGUUUGGUGUAUUUGUGCCUGGAGAUUGGUGAACAGCAUACACCUCGAGAGAAAUAAUCCAGAAAGCUUUCAGAAGCACAAGUGCCUGAGUUAUGAGGCACAACUAGUUACCAGCAAAACCUGACACAACAUUGAGCAAGUAUUCUGAGUUAGUAUUUAUCCAAGAGAUACCACUCUUCAGAGCAGAAAGGCAAAGAGAAAAAGAUGCAAGGCAGCAGAUAAUGUUGUACCUUCACCUAAAAAAUAAAAUGCAGGAUUUGUAACUUUUUUUUUUUUUUGAAAGCAUAACCUUUGUAAAGGGCAUAUAUAUUAAAUGCACUUACUGACCUGUUAUUUGUAAUGGACCAUGAUCUGGAGUGGAGAAAGUAUUUUUUAACUUUCAUUGGUUACAAAAUUAUACUGAGUGCACAAUCAGAAUUUGUGAUUCUGAGGUGAUCUCUGAGUACCCUCAGAUGGAUGAAUAGCUUAGCUCUGCGUUGCUGAAACAUCAGCAUAUAUCACUACCUGGAGCAAAUAUUGCAGAUUCAAAUGGAUAUUUUUGGUAUGUCCAGUUUUUCUUUUUCCUUUAUUUUGAUGAUACUGACAGCAUGUAAAUAUAGCAACUCUUUCCAUUUAUCAUUUCUACAUUUCCAGUUGGCUUUGGCUAUUCUUGAAGGUCAUACUUCCUGCUUAAAUCAAAAGAAUAUUGUAACUGGGCAAGGAGUUGCUAAUCCUUCAUUGGGUCUUGCUGUCUUACUGCUUUAGGAGCAUGUUUUAAAUGCCUAUACAUUGUAUACAGGACCUGGUUUUGCAGUAUGCCACGCUAUUUUAAGAGCAAAACAGUAAGAAUAGUAUGUGCAAUUCUGUCUUUUCCUGUCAUAUCAAAGGUUUAUACAGUGGAAACUAACAGUGAAUUAUAUAUAUAUAUAUAUAUAUAUUUUAUUUCAGAGAAGACUGUUAGUAAAUUCUUGUGCUUCCCUGUAGGAAACAGUGCAUAUCUGCACAUCCUGUUUCACGUAUCUACAGGUUGCAAAACUGGAAAAUCACACUUCGAGAUAAAUGUGACUGAUCUUCUAUAGUUGGAGAUUUUUGUUGUUGUUGUUAAGAAUCAACGUCUUCAAGGUAAUAACUACGAAAGGAGUGUGCGCAUUGCCAGACGGCUAAGUGAUGUGCAGUGCUGAUUUCCAUUCUCAGCUUUUGCAGUCUUGGGAAGUUGAGCUUACUGCUUCAGAGCGUGCUGCUCCUUUCAGAAAGAUUCACUUACAGUCUUGUUUCUUUGACGAGGAUGACUAUCCUAUUUGUAAAUGGUAGCUUGGAUAGAUUUUCCGUAGUGAUCGUAAGACCAAUAUUCUUUUAGCUCAGUCUACGUGUUAAAAGAUGCUGAAUUGACACUGUUAGUGUCUGAAGUUCUCUAACCUUGGAACGUGCUACAUAGAGGCCGUAAGCGUGCCUAUUGCCAAUAUACUCCACUGCAUCCAAAAAGGGACCAUCUCCAAGGGGAGGGAAUAAAGGGAAUGCAUCUUGGAGCAUCACUGCAGGGAUUGCCAUUAAAGGGAGCUGUUUUUGACAGCUCUACAUUCAUUAAGAAAUAGAUUGAAAUCAAACAGCCGUUGCACAGCACUAGCUUUCAAAGUGCAUAAACUGUUGAUAUUGGCAAUUGACUGUUGUCUUAUUCUACAGAAAAACUGACAAUGAGUAAGUGAUGCACAAAACUUAUUGCAGUACUACUUUCGUACGUGACCUUCUAAUCCACACAGUUACAUUUCCAUGCAGCAGUGCAUUUCGGUACUUAGUAAGUCCCUAGAACUUUAUUCUUUCACCUGAUGCCAAGGUCUGCUCCCAGUGAAGCCGCUAACAAAGAUCUCGUUAACUUCCAUAGGAAAAAGUCUUCGUUCUGAUGAGGUGAGCAUCAAGCUUUAAGCAAGCACUGGAGCCCUGGGUAUAUUUGUGUUACUCUGGAGCGCCCUGUGCUGGGAUCAGGUGGAUGUAUCCCUGAUUGCAGGUGUCGUGUUCAUAAACUGAUCCUUCACUUAUUUGUUCACGCAGUUUUGAUGUUCAGACAGUCUGAAAUCUUUUCCCUCCCUCCCCCACCGUGGACAGGGUUAAAAAGCAUACUAUAAACUUGUGCUGGGAGAAGGAAUGUUUUUUGUUGUCGCUUUUUCUUGUUUAGUUAUUUCUUUUCUUAAAAAGAAUGUUAUGUGGCUUUCUACAGUUCUUUCGGUAACGUUUUAUGUAAUUUCUGACAAUUUCCCUUUUCCCUGCUGUGCUUUUUGAAAGCCCAAGGUAUUAUAACUGUCAAAAUCACUUUCAGUGUUACCUGCAGGAUUGCUACUGAUUUUAACAAAUGUGUUUCACAUUGAAGGGUGUAGUAGAAGGCCAGCAGUAACAGCUCAAUAAAACAUUCUUGUGUGGGGAUUUUUUUUUCCCCCAAAACAAUGGAUUUGCACAGAAGAGAAUAUUGUUGCUUCAGCCCUGUAAACCUCUUCAGGAUAACAUGGCUCUGUUCCUUGUGAUCAGACGCCUUCAUUUUUAGUGAGAGUGAAGGUAUCUUGCACCCUUUAAAACCCAGACAGGAUUUCAUUUGCCCUCACUGUUUUAGCUGAUAAGCAAGAGAUGAGAAAUGCAAACUUAGCUUAAUGCAUAAAUCCUUUUUUUCUUAGUAAUCUACAUCUAAAUCCAAAAGCAGCAAAAUAAAUUUGUCAGUGCUGUUGUUUUGCCCUUGCAGUACUGGAAGAUACUGGCUAGAUUUCUAGAUUUUCAGCUGAUUACUCUGAUCUGUAUAGCUGCCACUGUAACAGGGUGAAGAUGGAUAAAUUCACAACAAAAGAAUGGGAAGAAGGUAGAAAGAGUAAGCAUAACUUCUGUGGAGAUGCUAACAUAACGCUAAUCGAGAAACUACAGUGGUUUAAUUGUCAAUAAUGCAGAUUUGUCAUACGGAAUGUUCUUUUUUAACUUGAGAGUAUGCUGUCCCCUAGCAAGUCCCUUCUGGAAUGCAGAUUUCAAGUUGAAGCAACUAUGGGGGAAAGGGAAUACUUUGAGGAAGAUACAUAUAUAGAUAAACAUAAAAAUACCUGUCAAGUAAAGCAGAAAAUGGAAGUGGGGAAAACGGUACCACAGGUUACUGACCCAAAUUAGGCUGCUGAAACCAAAGCCUCGCUGUUUAAAUUCUGCAGCAGUUUGGAUCCCCAUCCUAUAGAAGAUUGUUUAGGUUUUAGGAAACUUGUUUAGGUUUGGGAAUCUCCUUUUCUUGAUCUCGUGCCCGCAGUUCAGAACGAAGUGAAAGGAAUACAGAGAUGGGGGUGGAGAGUUACCUCAGAAAGGCAUGAACAAAUAGCUAUUGCUUCAACUGAGUGUGCUGUUGUGCCAGGACUUGACCUGCCCCCGUGAACUGAUAGUGCUGUGUCGUGAAGAAGUUACUAUCUGAGGCCCCAAGCGUUUUAAGACCUCAGUUCUGCAUGGGCUGAGCCCUGUAUCUAUAGAGAACCGCAUGGACUUCACAGGAUCUAUUUUUGAAUGUGAAGCUCUGUCCAGGCAGUCGGCUGCAGAAUUGUGUCCUUAACACCGUCACUUGUAGUUAUAAGGCUGUUCAUAUUAAAUGUAAUUUGGGUGCCUGUUACAUAGCCAAAACCCUUGUUAUGUCAUUUUCCCAACCAAGGCAUGAGCAGAAACCCUUUGCUGUACAACACCUAGUAAAAAAAAAAAAAAAAAAAAAAAAAAAAGUACUUCACAUCCAUCUAGUAAAUUAAGGCAUGUGAUUUUGGUCUGUGGGUCUCAACAAACUUUGCUCGUGUACCUGCCUGAAUGUUUCCUUAGAUCUGCAGCUGUGGCUCGGUGAGAAGGUAUGGCAGCAUUUGUUUUCCCCAGGGAGCACAACAGCAGCUCUGAUCUGUCACGCUGCAGGUGACCGCUUGCUGCUGGCCAGGAUCGUGGAAAGAUGCAUCCUCUGCACUUUUAUGUGAAGUUGUCUCAAAUAUGGUGAUUAACAUGACUAUUGAAAUACUGUAUUUUGUAUAACUUAGAACGUGUAAAUACACUUUUAAAACUGAUCUGUUCUAUGAAGUAAUAAAUAAGUGCUUCCAUUGUAAUUCCUGAAUAUUGUUAAUGCUUUGUGUAGCUUGAUUUGGGACGAUUUUAUUUUUUUCCUAGAGAACUACAGAAAUCAAAACCAAGAUCGGUGUUGUGGAAUUCUAGUCUAGUUGUGAUGCUUUCUAUCGAGACAAAAUGUGUUUAAAAAAAAAAAAAAAAA